GGCUGUUGCAUGUAGCAGGAAUUCUACUUUAACCAGACCGGUGGAAUAGAAUGAUAUUUGACAUACUUGUUUGUCAAAUGCAGUUGUAACCAAGGAUUUUUUUAAUAUUUAUUCCGAAAUUGCGCUUCUUCAAAACUCAUACGACUAGGUGGAAGCCUGUUCAGAGAAUUGGCAGCAUACAUGAAGCUGGACAUUUCCAAAGUUGUGAAUGGCUGCCGGCUAGGUAGCAUACGACAUUUGGGCAAAAAUGCAGACCAAGUCCUGGAUGUUCCAGGAUGUAUUCUGUACACACGCUGUGGAGCAGCACCACAUCUCACCCAAGAAACUCUUGAGACCAUUGAAAAGAUGCCAGCAGUGACUCAAGUAACACUAAGUACAUUGGCAGAGCAUCAAGAGGUGUUGGAAGAUUAUAAAGCAGGCGCUGCAAGUUUUCUAGGAGUACCCAACUCUGUGCUGUACUGCUCACUCCAUGACCCUGCCUCUCCUUUUCCUACUGGUUUUAUGACAAAUAAGACUGUCUCAGUGUGGGGUAGUGGAGGUCGAAUUGAGAUGACUCCCUCAAAAUUCAUGGCACUCCAGGCAGCAGUGAAGCCAGACUGGUUCCAGAGUAUGGCUGAUGGAGAUACAUCAGGGCAGCACACCUCCUGGAAACGAGUCAGAAAGUCUGUGGAUCGCACCUUAGUUUUCUUAGAUGAGUGUCUGAAAUUGCAGAAGGAAUCACCGAACCUUAAAAACUCCCAGGUAUUUGGAGUGGUAGAAGGGGCUGAUGUUCUGGAGGAGAGAGUGCGAUCAGCACAGGAAACAGCCAAGCGCCCAGUUGCAGGCUUUGUUCUUGAUGGCUUUCAAAACCAUACCAUGUCCAAAGAGCUCCAGUCAAAACUGAUUUCAGCAAUUAUGGCAGAACUACCAGAUGACAAACCCAGGCUCAUUCAGGGAAUUGGCAGACCAGAUGACGUGCUGGACUGUGUGGAAGCAGGAGUGGACCUUUUUGAAAGCUUCUUUCCGUAUCAGGUGACGGAACGUGGAUGUGCCCUGUCCUUUAACUACAGCUAUCAGAUUGACCCAGAGACAGAAGUGCUGAUAAAAAACAAUAUUGUAAAUGAUGAAGUUGCUGGAGAAAGCUGUACUGAGGUGUUAGAAGGGCAGAUGACGUCUUUUGAAAUGGAUCUGAAAGAUAAAAGGUACUGUGAUGAUUUCAGUCCCCUGCUACAUGACUGCUCCUGCUACUGUUGCAGAAACCACACCCGUGCUUACAUUCAUCACCUUCUGAUAACCAAUGAACUUCUCUCUGGGGUUCUUCUCAUGAUUCAUAAUUUUCACCACUACUUUGGAUUCUUUCGCUCUUUGCGCCAGGCAUUGCAAGAUGGACACCUGGAUAAACUGAAGCAACACCUUGUUGGACAGAGGUGCCUGGAUCCCCAGAAAACAUGAAUAGAGUGCUGGUCUAUAAAGACGUAACAGAUUUUUAACCAGACCUAGUUUUCCAGUUUCACACUUGAUGAUGCAGUGUCUUUCUGUAUAGAAUGGGCUUUUCCAAUACUAGCAUUGUUAUUUUCAAAUUAGAGGUAACGUAAGAGUUUAUGUAAGUUAAAAAAUAUUUUUAACCAUU